UUCUUGCUGUCAAAUUUAUUUCGUCGAAAUUCAGAAAAUUUUAAUAAAUAAAGCACGCUGAAAGUGAAAAGACAUUAAAUUUCAGAAAGAAAUUGCCCAAAUUCAGUGUACAAAUCAAUUGCAACAUAACGAUGUAGCACACAUCAUCCAAGAAACGUGAAUGUUUAUUCGAUUGUCUCGUACAUUUUGUUAAAUUGUAAGUUUUUUUUCAUUGUUUGGUGUUGAUUUUCGAAAAAGUGCGAGUGGAUUUGUGUGAAUUUAACUAAACAAAAACAAAUGAACAAUAUGUCAAAAUGGAUACAAAUAAAAAAGUGAAUCGUCGAUCCGGGUACAAUAAUUUAGAUCAUUUAUAUUGCCAUACAAAUACCAAUGAUUCGGGAAACUAUGUCCGUUCAAAAACAUCAUCCAAUGACAUGGACAUGGGAUCGGUUUUGAAGGAAAUCAAACAACUCAAGUCAACCAUCAAUUUGCAUUUGGAUUUAAUUCAAGAUCAGAGCGAUCAACUCAUUUCCAAAGACAAACUAUUAAUGGUUUUGAAAAAGGAAAACGAUCUGCUGAAAGCAAAGCUCGAAAAAUCGGAACGUCGUAAUAAGUCAAACAGUAAGAAGGACGAAUCGCAUCAACCGAUUGUUGAACAGUUGAUGGCUGAUUUGCCGGAAAUGAAUGCUAAACAAGAUAUGUUGAAGAAGAUGUCGUCCACAUUGCUGAACAAGUGUACAUUAAAAUUGAAUGCUCUGGAAGAUGUGCUCGGAUUUGAUAUCGACAAUCCAACAGCUGAUUCCCACACUGAUAACAGUUCCUCUAACAUACCCAAUACCGGUCGUGACAGUAAUGCAUUUGUAGCCGAUAUCACCACCACCACCAAUAACAACAAUAAAAAUUCGACUAAGAAUGGCAGCAUAAUCGGAACGUCGGACGGCAAACCGAUCAGUAAAAUUGUAUUGCAGCGCGUAAUUGUUGGUGAUGUUGAAGAGCUAGCAAUCAAGUCAGAGAAGAAAGACAGUCCCGUAAAAAUUAAGUACGAAAAAUUAUCGCCGACACAUUCGCAAUUGCAUCCGAAUCUGUCAAAUUGUGUGGAAAAAUCGAUGAUAAAUUCGCAGCGAGCACAUAACGAAACCUGUAAAACAACGGACGGUGUUGUAUCGGCUAAGUCAAACCCUUCAAAUGUUAAUAAACCGGAGAGCAGUAGAAAGAAUCAUCGGAAAAAUGGUAAAAAAGAUCAUAAGUCAUCCAAAACAAAAUCGGACGACAAUGCGUCGAGACAUUCUAGAGAGGACAAAACGAAAACACAAAAGAAAAUCACCGCGCCAUCGAACCCACCAACACCGGCACCAGUCCAAUCACUAUCUCGGCCAUUACCUGCACCAUCGCCAGUACAGUCAACAUCACGGCCAGCAUCACAGUGCAAUCGAAAUAGUGUUAUGAUGACGACCGAAUUGUAUCACACGCGCGAGUGGCAAAUGGACGAAAUUGAGGUGUUAGUGAACAAACAGAUAUCGGAUUGUGGUGAGGAGGGAUUGAAUGGGGACGAAAUCAAUUUGGAAAUUCCACGUUGGUGCAUCCGCGAAACGAGCAACGGAGCAUACAGUAGCGAGGGAAUGGAAGAUUUGAGCGACGAUGUGUUUAUCAAACGGCAUGCUAGACUGGAACAUGCCGAAAAGAAGCGUAAAAAAUGGGACGUUCAACGGAUUAGAGAGAUACGGAACAUAGAGCGAUUGAAGCGGCGUCACUGUAAACCCGUUGAGAGCAACGAACAAACGGCCGAAAGUAUGACGUCUUUUUAUCCGUCUCCGGAGAACGUCAAGUAUGUCCACGUUGCGGACGAAUUGCCUGUGGUUGCAUUCGGUGAACCGAUACAUGUUCCGCAAUCGGCCGAAUUUUCGUUACCUUGGGACCAUCAAUACCGCGAAACGCCGUAUUCUCCUGCCUCACAGUCGGCAACCAUUUCAAAUACCGAUCACACGACGAUUGUUUUCCGGUCGAAGAAAAGACCCACCCGACGUGUCACAUCGACACAAUUACCAAAGGCACCGAGUAAAUCACGCUCGUCGAAACGUUCGAGACGUUAGGAUUUGACAAAAAAUUUCAAUCAAAAAAAAAGAAGAAAAAUUUUUUGUUUUUUUUUUAUUCGCUCAAAGCAAAAUUGAAUUUCGUGAAUUGUUUCUAUUUUCGACAAAAGAGGCUCAACCACUUUGAUGAUAAUUGUUUUAAAAUUUGAAAAUUUUCUCGUGGAUUUUGUUUUCUUUUUACUCAAUUUUCGGUUUUGUUUCUCAUUUGGUUAUACCAUUUCCGUCAAAGUAGUCGAUUUUCUUUCGUCUAAGGUGUGUAUGUGUGUGUGUGCGCUGUGCACUCACACACUGCGCGCUGAAGUGAGUUAUUGGGACAGUUAAACUUUGUAUAUUUGUACAAUCGUAAACCAUGGAACUUUAGGCGUUUUAUUUCAUGUAAAUUAAAAGAUGAUGACCAUAAUAAGGUU